CAGGCCUCCCGCCGCAGGUCCUAGAGCUGCUCCCAUGAUGAUCCCUUUUUUCUUCCGGCCUCUGCCAUUAUUGCUGCUGCUGCUGCUGUCGCCUUGGCCAGGCUGGACCCAAGCGCCAGCCACGGCCUUGCCCUGGGUUACCCGGGGCGACCUGGACUGCCCAGAGGGGUGCGCGUGCGCGCCUGGCGGCCGGGCCAACUGCUCGGCCCUUGCGCUGCACGCUGUACCAGAAGGCAUGAACCGGCGCGUGCGCGAGCUGCUGCUGGACCACAACUGCUUGCGCGCGCUGCCGCCUGGUGCCUUCGCGGGCGCGGGCGCGUUGCUGCGCCUGGACCUGCGCGACAACGGGCUGCGCUCCGUGCACGUGCGGGCCUUCUGGGGUCUGGGUGCGCUGCAGUAUCUUGACCUGAGCGCCAAUCAGCUGGAAGUGCUGGCACCCGGCACGUUUGCGCCGCUACGCGCGCUGCGCACCCUUUCGCUGGCCGGCAACCGACUAGCGCGCCUAGAGCCUGCGGUGCUGAGUGCGCUCCCGCUACUGCGCGCACUCAACUUGCAGGACAACGCGCUGGCGGCGCUCGCACCAGGCCUACUGGCCGGCCUGCCUGCCCUAGAUUCGCUGCGCCUGCGCGGCAAUCCCUGGGCAUGCGGCUGCGCGCUGCGUCCACUGUGCACCUGGUUGCACCGGCAUCCGUCGCCAGCAUCAGAGGCCGAGACGCUGCUCUGCAUGUCGCCUCGGCGCCUGACACUCAGCCCCCUGACCGCCUUGCCCGACACCGCCUUCAGCCAUUGCGCGCAGCCGCUCGCCCCGCGGGACCUGGCCGUGGUCUACGCGAUCGGGCCUGCCUCUUUCCUCGCCAGCCUGGCCGCCUGCCUAGCGCUGGGCUCCGUCCUCACUGCCUGCCGUGCUCGCCGCCGCCGCCGCACCGCCGCCUGCCGCCCGCCGCGGAGUCUGCGGGACCCCGACCCCCACGGCCCUCCCUCGCCCGCGGAUCCUACCAGUCCCGCUGCCGCACCUGCCGAAGCUUGA